GCACAGAGCCGCCAGUUGAGUGGCGACCUCAGAUACGUGUGGAUGCUACUGUCUCUUCUCCCGUGUCUAGUGGAACCUACGCUUGGAUUUAGUGCUCCCGUGGAUCUCACCUAGUUUGUCACUGGCGCAAGCAAGGAUCUAGCCUGGAUUUACAUCCCUCUCUCAAGGUGUGACAGGCGCUGAUGCUCACGUUGAGUGCGGGACCGUCUGCUGUACACAGUUUGGAUGUGAUGUAAACGGAGAAAAGAAGGAAGUGUUUUUUUUCCGAGAGGCGCUCCGUGUAGCUUGAAAGAUGGAGGUGUAUACGACUUUCAGCAGUGCUGGUGAUCUCACGGUGGUAACAUGAAGAGCAGUCACGGUGACUGUUAGUGAACCGCACAAUCUGGAUCACUUAUCUGCGUUGAGUGUACCUGCAAUGUGUGUGAUUUUCGCGUUAACGUGAAACCAAAGUGAUUGUUGCUCAACGCACAGUGAUUAUCCUUGAUUUAGUAAGCAGUGAACACCAGUUAUUUUGGAAGUGUUUUAAGCGGAACGAGUGAACGUGGGAGUGUGUGUUUUUUUUUUUUAGCCCGAAAAGGGUGUGCUACACCCUGGGUGUAGCAGUGGUAGAGGUGUGUUGGUGGGGGUGAGGACUCUCGCCAGGAUGUACCCAGCAGCUAUGAACGCUGCAGUAGCCGCGGCGGCUGCUACCAGACAUCCCGUCAGCUUACCAGGUCCCCAGCCCGGCCAGCCCUUCAAGUUCACCGUCCCGGAGUCAUGUGACAGAAUGAAAGAAGAGUUUAAUUUUCUACAAGCACAGUAUCACAAUAUCAAGUUGGAAGCGGAUAAACUAGUACAAGAAAAGUCUGAAAUGCAAAGACAUUAUGUUAUGUAUUACGAGAUGUCUUACGGUCUUAACGUGGAGAUGCACAAACAGACUGAAAUUGCUAAGCGAUUAAACGCGAUACUCGCCCAAAUUAUGCCUUUCUUGUCCCAAGAGCACCAGCAGCAGGUGGCGGCAGCGAUCGAGAGAGCGAAGCAGGUGACCAUGACUGAGCUCAACUCUAUUAUAGGGAUGUGUUCUAUUGCUUUACAGCAGCAGAGAAACGAGUUACCACGAAUUUUGCAACAGAUGCAGGCGCAGCAGGCGGCCCUGCCCCACGCUGGUCAUGCUCCACCUAUACCCCUGGGACCUCACCCAGCCCUGCCCGGCCUGCCCUCUCUACCACCCUCCUCAGCAGCAAGUAAGUUCCUCAGCCCUCUCUACCACCCUUCUCAGCAGCAAGUAACAGCAAGUCUGCUGUCCGGGUUCACGGGUUCACUGGUGGGACCUGCCAACCAUCCACUGUCACUACUCAGUUCUAAACACCUGCUUCAUCGCGACGACAACACACCAGAAAGACAUAGAAGCAGCAUCUCUCCUAGCGCUGGAGAUAAGUACCGGGGUCGCUCUCCGGAACCUGAACCCAAGAAGAUCAAGAGAGAAGAUGGCCACGAUAGAGAUGGGAAUAAGAGCGAGCAGGAGUUGGUAGUGGACGAUCCUCAGGUGGGUUGAGACUCUGUGAGCCCAGCAGUGAACGGCACCACCUCCCCGCGUGAGAAUGGCGUGUCCAAGAAAACUCCGCCCCUGGGCUCCGUCAGCCCCAGGAGCAGCGGUAGCUCCUCCUCCACGCCCCAGGCCAGGAAGGAGGAGAAGCCAGCCACGCCCAACUCAAAAGCCCCUACGCCCACCUCCUCGGGCGCCAGCGCUGUAAAACCCGUGGGCAAGGCGGCGCCCCUACCCGGUGUGGGCGCCUACCCACCAGGCUACCCACUACCUGAGGCUGCUGCCGCUGCCGCCGCCGCCGCCGCUGCUGCCGCCGCUGCCGCCGCCGCUGCUGCUGCCGCAGGAUCCGGUGCGCCCUACCCUUACCCGAGGCCGCCAGCACACCCGCAGGCAGCCCCGCCCUCGUCUCUGGACAUACACGGACGCACAGCCUCCCUGCACGCCCUCCAGGGCGGCAAGCCGGCGUACAGCUUCCACGUGAACGGAGAGGGUCAACUGGCGCCGGUCCCCUUCCCUCCGGACGCGCUGCUGGCGCCGGGGAUCCCGAGACACGCACGUCAGAUCAACACGUUGCAUCACGGCGAGGUGGUGUGCGCCGUCACCAUCAGCAACCCCACCAAGUACGUCUACACGGGCGGCAAGGGAUGCGUCAAAGUGUGGGACAUCAGUCAACCAGGAUCCAAGACUCCAGUCUCCCAGUUAGACUGCCUGCAACGUGACAGUUACAUUCGGUCAGUGAAGCUGUUGCCUGAUGGGCGGACGCUGCUGGUGGGCGGAGAAGCUUCCACACUCAGCAUCUGGGACCUGGCCACGCCCACGCCCAGAAUAAAGGCAGAACUCACCUCGGCAGCACCAGCAUGCUACGCCUUGGCCAUCAGUCCGGACUCCAAGGUGUGCUUCAGUUGUUGUAGCGACGGCAACAUUGCUGUGUGGGACUUACACAACCAAACUCUAGUGAGACAGUUCCAGGGACACACAGACGGCGCCUCAUGCAUCGACAUCUCUCCUGACGGAACCAAGUUGUGGACUGGAGGUCUGGACAACACCGUCAGGUCGUGGGACCUGAGAGAGGGUCGUCAGCUACAGCAGCACGACUUUACCAGUCAGAUUUUCUCUCUUGGCUACUGUCCCACCGGAGAGUGGCUUGCUGUUGGUAUGGAGAGCUCCAACGUGGAAGUCUUACACGUCAAUAAACCAGACAAGUAUCAGCUCCACCUUCACGAAUCCUGUGUUCUGUCCCUCAAAUUCGCCUCUGCUGGGAAGUGGUUCGUGUCGACUGGCAAGGACAACUUGCUCAAUGCCUGGCGUACACCCUAUGGUGCCUCCAUUUUCCAGUCGAAGGAGUCCUCGUCGGUGCUGAGCUGUGACAUCUCUGCCGACGACAAGUACAUCGUGACGGGUUCGGGCGACAAGAAGGCCACCGUCUACGAGGUAAUCUACUAGAACACCCAAGAUCUCCAGAAUUUGGGUUCCGAGACGAGCAUCCCAAACUCAAAGUCAACCUCAUCAAUUUUAUGAGACGCCCUUGAGCUGGCGUUCCAGUGAACGCCUCCUGGAGGGUCCUUGGCCAACCUGUCAUCUUUCAAUGCUUUAAUUAGAUUUUCUGUCCUGCUAAGUCAUCGCCGAAGAUCCAUCAGCUGACAAGUGAUAUUAGCAAUGUGGUCUUUUACAGUUUCACUGUUUAAAUGCACUUGUACUUGGCCAAAAUAACAUGAUUUAAAAUGUUAUAAAAUACUUAUAAGGAUUUCUCCAUGGACCUCAGUGAGAAAUCCAAGAUUUCAAUGUCGUGACUCUUGCUCACCAGAGGUCAGCGCCAUGAGGCAGCGAUCACCAAACUAUCCAAGUUAGUUAAUGUCCACACGUGACCCUUACCAGGUCACCAUCUUCACUCUUCUCGUGGUAACGCUCCACCAUCCAAUGCUUUGAAGAUUUCCAAAACUCGCAGAAAGCUUCUCGUGGGUCGUGGGUGGCCCGAACGAACCAUUUAAUUCCUCGGAAAAUACCAAGAUUAAGGCGACCUGACGUGACCUCUACACCUUUGAUCUCUCCCGAUACAACAGACAGCAUCUGCAACGAAGACGCCUGAAACAGGCUUUCCUGCCAUCUAGUGGAACUGCGUUAAGACAUGGUAAAUAUGUACAUAAAUAAGAUUACCCACGCGCAUCCUGUGAAAUGUCCUCCUCACCUAGUUGUCAAGAGCAUCUGGUUACGAAGUACUGAUCUUGCCACCCUUCAAGAAUGGCAAGUGGAAGGACAACUCGAAUGUGGAGAUGGAGAGAGAUGUAUAGUGCUGCAUAUGGGUUUGUUAAUGUGUGCAGCCUCGGCACCAGGAGUGGACUACUUGUCGUAUGGACGGAGAGUGAGGAGCAGCAAGGAGCACGACGCUGAGAGGAAUGUCAAGCAGGCGGCAAGACCCAGUAUAGAAAGUUUUUGAAGUGGUGCAAUGUGUGCGCUGAGAAAUGCUGCAGUCAAGUGGGAGUGACAGGAUAAUGGGACACAGCAUUACAGUUGAGCAGUGUUGCUUAAUCUACAAAUUGGGACAAAUUAACGGUUGUGUCAGACAUGCAACUCUGAGCAAUAGGUGCUUGAAGACUUUGUAGAAUUUUUGUGCACCUUUUCUGGACAGUCUUUCACAAGUAAAGAUGGUGGAGGUAGGGGUGAUAAAAACGCAUAAAAUGAAUACAAGAAUCACUAGCUAGUGCUGGCGUAGCAGCAGUGAAAAUGGACUGCAUAGUUCGGACAGUAUGUCUGUAGUACAGCCGUGCUGCUAAUCCCGGGUUGGACAUGGUAAAUAGUGCUAUUCUGACGCCACACGUACAAGUCUCCCUAACAAACAUAACUGGCAGGGAAAGACUGUGGAAGUGAACUGACAUCAAAAGGUGGAAUACACAGCUGGAAUUAAUGGGUGUGAAAUAUUUACUACUGACAAGCAUCUGAUGUACUGGAAGGUGAUGCUCGCUGUUUGUCGGGCGUAACAAUGAUAGGACGUGGCUAGUGCUUUUUUUUUUUUGUAUCAUGGACGAUAUUCCUGACAGUCCUUACCAGGCGAAUGGAACCUUAUCUGGGACGAGUGUUUAAAAUGUAGAAUAGAAGGUGAGACCAUGUCUGAUAUUUGUAUUUCUUUAUUCUAGCCUAGAACCAAACAAAUUAUACGGAUUUCAUCAUGCCUGGUACAUUACUUGUAGUGCUUUAUGCGUUAUAAGUCGACUAGUUCAUGUGUCAAGAGAGAAUUGAAUAAAAGGUUCUUUUUUUAUUUUAUUUAUAAAUUUUGAUAAAAGAAAUAUAUGUGGGAAUGUGACGCGUUGGUGUAGGUUUAAUAUAAUAAAAGGAUCGUUGACGAUUGUUUUGUUGCGACUGUGAUAAAGUUUAUAAAGUAAUAACUCAGGCGUAGUAUUGACGUGGAGCACUAGUCUGACGGUGGGGACGAGGGAGGUGGUUGGUGGUGGUGAUGGUGGUAGUGGCAGGCUGAACCUCUACUCCCGUCCUGGCAAAGACCACCCUCCUGGAGAGCGCUUGGCUCUUCAUGGAGAGCGCUCGGCUCUUUUAAGGAGAGCGCUUGGCUCUUCAAGAAGAGCGCCUAGCCCCGCCUCCCGCUCCCACCAGCAUACUGAAGUUUCGAAGUGACUCUUAACGCUGUGAGAAAUGAGAGAGAGAGAGAGAGAGAGCCAUGGCCAGCCUGCGAGAUCACUCCACUGGCUCUGUAUAAAGAUUUCACUGCUCUCCAUUUUCAGGUUACUCAUUUAUUCAUUCAUUCACACAUUUGGUAUGCAGUUCAUCAGGGAGAAAAUGUUACAGUGUGUAGAUUAUAAUGAAAAACGUGUAAGAGUGGACCAGUCUUAAAACUGGUUCAGUGGAGUAAUCUUGCAGGAAGGCACCAUGUAGCUGGCUCCACUCAAUCACUCACUCCACCUCAACAAAGAAACAAUUACCUUAGAACUCUGCAACAUUUACUGAAUGUUGGAUACCACGGUACCUGCGCUGGUAGUUUUCCUACCUCGAAAACACGGUCGCAAGAAACAAAUUGUAAAAUUAAUUUUAUAUUUCUUGCCCAGCACGCGCACAUGCACAUGCACACACACACACACACACACACACACACACACACACACACACACACACACACACACAACACACACACACACACACACAUUCUCUGUAAAUAUUUGCAGAACAAUCCUUCGCUGUGUUCAGAUAUGAUUAUCCUCUUCAGUAAAUGUUGCAGAAAUCAAAAUAAAAGAAUAGAAAGCAUGAGAACCAAGCAGCAGCAGGCCCCAAGCCUCGCUUCCUUCUUUCCUUCAGUCCCCUGGAAAAUAAUAUCUGCCACUAGUCUACUACUGUUAUUGGCAAGCGUGCACACACACACACACACACACACACACACACACACACACACACACACACACACACACACACACACACCACUCUCGCUGAUUACAUACACGCAUCUCUCAACACAUUCACGGUGUAAAUAAUUCCUCAGACACACGUCAAAAGUGUGAGGGAGGGUGUCAGCUGGCUGGAUCAGACCUGGAGCUGGCUGAGUCAGACCUGGAGCUGGCUGGGUCAACCUGGAGCUGGCUGGGUCAGACCUGGAGCUGGAUGGGUCAGACCUGGAGCUGGCUGGGUCAGACCUGGAGCUGGCUGGGUCAGACCUGGGGCUGGCUGGGUCAACCUGGAGCUGGCUGGGUCAGACCUGGUGCUGACUGGGUCAGAUCUGUAGUCAGCUCUGCAUUCUUUUCUCAAUCGCGGCUCUGUGUCUUGGUAUAUCUUCUAUUUAUAAUAAAAACCACAUACUUAUCAUUCUCCAGUAAUUCCAACUCUGAAGGCAGAUGCAUCAAGCAUAAGGAAAGCAGUAGCUGUGACAACGUGUAAAACUACUGGUGCAGAGACUACGUGAAUGUCAGCCAUAAAAGUCACCCAGAAACUCUGUUUAUGUUUCUCAGAUAUUCUAUCUACACGCAAAGUUGAUUUAUGCAGUUCACCAGUAAGAAAGAGUCUCCUGUCUGGUAGGGAUAUUACCCUAUUUUUUGGAUGUUUAAUACAUACAAAUGGGAAAUACGCACUGUAGAAGGCGUCUUGCGAGUGUGGCACUUCCCUACGUUUGUUGACGUGGUUGUGGGGAGCACACACCUCUUAUGAUACCUCCCUACGUCUGGUAAUGUGGUAUGGGGAACACACACACUAGGUGAAUGUGGUAUCUUACUGCGUGUAGUUACGUGUUUGUGAGGAGGAACACACCUGGUGAGUGUGCUACCUGGCUACGUUUGGUGAGUGUAGUACCUUCCUACGUCUAGUACGUAGUGUUGGGCAGCAAACACACACCGGGCGAUUGGGGUACCGUCCUACGUCAAAUAACGUAAAGUGUUGGGUAGCAAACACACAAAUCACACCCAACUGUGACCACAAUAGCUAGAAGACAAGAUACCCAGCAGGAGACGGGAAGCGGGGGAUGAGGAGGGUGAGGAAGUGUUGGUGGAGAUCUGGGGAUGAGGAGAUGGGGGUGGUGGGUGUGGCAGGUCCGGCACCAGCUGCCACUACUGACCGGUGCCACCAGACGGUGAUGGUCUCAAGACGGGUGACUCAAAAGCCAGACAACACCCUGGUCAGUUACUCAAGGAACUAACACACUGCCGCAGGUGACACCACUCCUGCUGGAGUGCCGCAGGUGACACCACUCUUGCUGGAGUGCCGCAGGUCCCUGGCGCUUUUAGCGGUGCCACAAAAAGAACAACAACUGGUGACAAAGCUGUACAUCGCCGCUACGCAGAAUGUAAUAAAAAAAAGCAGGUUCGUGUAGGGACAAAAAAAAAGUUAUUCAUUCUUAUUCAGUGUGUGCCAUUAUUUAGAAUUUCAAUAAAUUUUAUGUGCAAUACACAA